AGCAGUGCAUUAUGGGACUUGUAGUACAACUGGUACAUGUGCCAAUUUAACACCGGGCCAUUAAUAUUAGACAAAACAAUAUAUGUUUUGUCGGCCAUGGGCCUUGGGUUUGUCAUGUCUGAACUCAUAUAUCCCUCUCAGUUGACAGGAGCGGAUUCAAAGGCUAAAUAAAUACCUGUCCGUGAGAACUGCAGAGUCCUCUUCAAACUUUAACUCAAGCUAGUCCAGUCGCCUACAGCUAACUUUUGAAGGAAAACAAGCCUUCGGAAACGUGAACGAAACAUUGUGGGUGUCAUGAUGGAGGCCACCUGUGCUCAUAUAACACCAGCUAUCUUCAUAAACCAUCCUGAGGAGCAGCCAAUUUCAGGGGGGAGAAGUGACAGCACAUCUCAUGUUCUACUCAAGGAUGAAAGAAUUAUCUACAUAAAACACACUCCAUGUUGCGAAGAAGCUCCCGACUGCAAGCCUCAGGUUACUAUGACACAGAUGGUAAACCAGUAGUUUCUUAUAAGGAAAUCCUGAAAAGAGUUUUCAAAAGGCGUAUAUUUUUUCGCCGCAGAGACAGCAUCAGUUACAGAAAUGGAGCCAUGCAAGGCUACAUGAGUGUCCCCUUUCGAUCCAGACCGAAGAUUUUCUUAUAUGCCCUCUUGGGGCUCUUGUGUUGUGGAUUACCUUUCCUCCUUCGUACUCUGACUGGCAGCUAUCUGGAUCCAAUACCCUCAAAACUGCCAUUCUUCAUUUCUACUCCAGCCAACAGCUCUACAGAUCAAAAUGCAUUGGAGUCCUCUAUCAUUGAGAUACAUGGUUCACCUACACAAUGCAAACACAUGUGGCAGCAAAAAGAGUUGCAGGAUGAGCUGCUGAGGUUAAAAAAGAAAAUAAUGACCCUUUUCCCAGAAGCAGACUCAUUGCCCAACUUUGCUCUGGAGACGCUUGGAGCAAGAAUUGUACAUUCUUGGACGUCAAAGUCCUACCAGACACCUGAGCCAUAUUUGACGAUUCUCGGAAUACCUAUAUGGCGAUCACCUGUGAGCGCGAGUGUUGUGAUUCAGGGACACUCUCCUCUGCUUCCAGGUCGCUGCUGGCCCUUUUCAGGUGGUCAGGGACAUUUAGUCAUUGCACUCCCAUACACAAUCACCGUCAGCCAUGUGACACUGAGUCACAUUUCAAACAAAAUAUCCCCAAGCAGUACCAUUAAUGCAGCACCAAAGGUGUUUUCCAUCUAUGGAAUGGAAUAUUUGGGCAGUGAUGAAUCUCGACUGGGAACCUUUCUUUACGACCAGGAUGGAGACCCAGUUCAAACCUUCAGAAUAUCAGACAAUAAAAGUGGAGCCUUCAACUAUGUAAGGCUUCAAAUUGAGAGCAACUGGGGCCACCCUGACUACACCUGUCUGUACAACUUCAGGGUCCAUGGAAGGUGGACAAAUAAAAACACAAAGGAAGGAGAUUCAAAGCUAAAAUCUCCAAAUUCAUACAUAUGUGGAAGAUGAUGAACAAUCAGAUUCUUUUCAACGGCUCUUUGGUCAGAGUGAUGAGAACCAAAUUGUAGGCCACAGGGGCCGUUGUUUAUCUUUUUUAAUUUCAUUUUAUGACAACUCUACAUAGAAGUAACAGCAGGUUGCUCCCUGAUCUAGAGGCAGAUAGUUUCAACAAACCUUGUAUAACGAGCAUGAGAACUCCAAACUCCACAGCUCAACAGUGAGUGAGCCACAAAAUAAAUGUUAAAAUGAAAAUAAAAAUGAGUCAGUGCACUAUAGUAGAUGAAAACAUAAUUUUAAAGUGUCCGGAUAUUUCCGUUCCGUGAGAAUCACUUUCACUAGUUUCUCGUCUCCAUCCAGCACAAUCCGGAUGAGAAGCCCCAGUCGGUGGGUGUCAACAUGUCCACCGUCUCCUUGAUUGCUGACUACCUGACAGGCAGUCUGAUUGGGCACACAUGGAGGUGACCUGUUCACUCUUUACACCACUGUGACUAUUUGUGACUUGUGCCACCUCAGAAGUCUCAGCAGUGGUUGAUUGUAUAAGAUAGAUAGAUAGAUAGAUACUUUAUUCAUCUCACAGAGAAAUUCACAUAAGAAAUUGGUGUGAGGAUGAUUUUGUAAGAGGAAUGAGGAAAGUAUAUGUCAUAGUUUGACUUAAAGAAACAUUUUACAGUUGUCUUAUCACUCCCCCCACUAUUAUUAGCAGCUUUGUUUUUAUUCUUGCUCAUUUUGAGCUCAUAUUAGACGUUUGCCAACUUUCAACCACUAGAGGUCAGUGUUGCACUAAUGUUUUUUGUCAGCGCAGUAACCACUUUGUUUGAGGCGAACACAGUCGGUAGUAAACUAAUACAGUUACAUUCAUAUAUUAUGGAAUGUAUCCAUACAAAUGAUAGGUCAGCACCUCUAGUUUUCUAGGAAUAUCAUUUCCGCAGCUGCCCCUUUGUCUUCAAGUUUUGCCGCGAUCACAAGCUCACAUUACACAUUUAAAAUGUCAGUUGUGAUACAUAAGUGGGCUACAAGCCUAAAGAAUUACACCUUAUACCAACAGUCUGCCUGUAGUAUAAUCUGUAGAGCACUCAUGAUGCUGAAAUGUCACUGCCAAAUCAAAGAAAAUGGCAAACCCUGAUGUUAUCAGCCAGAGCUGGCGUGAUGAAUCACAGACAAACCUUUUUAUGUUUAUUCCUUUCCCCUUUUUGCUUCAUAUCGUCUGUAGAAUGAAGAGCAGGAGGAAAACACAAAGAAAAGCCAAAACACCAAAUUACUGAUGGUUAACUGAAGCCAUAUGGGUUUUCACUUAAUUUUUUUCAUUGAGGCCAAAAGAACACAAUUCCUCCUCAUGUUGAGACUUUGGGGGGAAAAAACAGGCUUUGUUUUCAUACAACAAACUUCAUGAGGCAUACAGUGCAUGUAUGGGAGUGUUUAAUAAAUAACAAUGUCAAAAACAACAUUUUAAUAAAAGGUUUUGCUUAUAUCAGACCUGGGUCAAAUUAUAUUUCCAAAUGUGGGUUGCAGACUUAAAGAGUGACUGGAUUCGCUUAAGGAAAAUAGAACUGUGGCAGAAAAAUACUAUAAUUAUCCUGAUUGUAUUGUUGUGCUAGCAUAGUUAGGGGCUCUUGCUCUGUGACAACUUAUGUGGUUUCUAUCUUCAGAAUGCUCUCUGAUCUCCCCACACUGCUUCCCCUGGAGCUGCAGCUUAAACUGAACCCAUGGCUCAGCCUGACGUGGCCCAGCUGCUAUGUCCUGAUGUUAUUAUCAAAAUACCACUAGAGGUCAAUGUAUGUGAGGCUUAAAAUUGCUGCCAUUGAAUUACCUUAUUUAAAAUGCAUGGGGAGUAGCUCUAUAUUCUUACAGCUGGCACUGUUCUAGAGUGUUUGGUUAGUGCCAUGGGUUUUUCCAAGUUGUUUUCAGACAUGCACUGAAGUCAAGAGACUUCCUGAAGAUCACCCAGAGGAGCUGUAUGUGAGAGCACAAAAAGUCAGGCCAUGUUCAUCCCGCUGUUGUGAAUGCUUCAGACCCAGACAAUCUCCCACUGUGGUCAUCAUACAGUAUGUGAAUGGCAAAAUGCAGUUGGCAAAGAGGCGGUCCUCGUGUGGUUGUCUGGAUGUCUGAGUCACAUUAAC